AUGGCCAACUCCGGCUAUCGAGAAGGCAGGGCAGCGGCGCCGAACAUCGACUGCGAAGGUGAUCGGCAAGGCGAGGAUUUCCAGGACAUUGUUGAUUCACCAUAUGGUGCUGUGCAUGCUGAGAUGAUUAGCGGCGAUGGCGAGGACGAAGAAUUCACCAUCACUGGCGACACCAGCACCGCCGAAGAUGCAGCCUUCGACUGCCAGGUCGGGGCCCUUCAAGAGGCUGUCCUGGAUGACUCCUUCCAGGACAUGCUGAAUGCCUACUGCAGGGAACACUGCCAUCACUUCGAGGACACAGAGGAGAAUAAACUCAUCUACACCGAACUCUUCAACCAGUAUGCAGAGCUCAUCGAAGGGCACCUCGAACGGCAGAUGGCAAGCGCCAUCCCCGGCUUCUCCAUGGCAUCCUUCCUCGAAGAGCUGUCCCGAAGAGGUGAGGAUGAGAUCGAUGCCGCAGUCCUUGACUUGUUGAUUUCUCUGACGGACUUCAUGUCCUUCAAGCAGCAGAUGCUCCUGGUGAAGGCUGGGGAUGCUGGUUUGUCCUUGUCUGGGACUGCUUCGCAAAUUCAUGUCGACGAAGAUGAGGAAGGUGAAGCUCGUCCAGACCUUGAUGGCUUGUUGACCGUCUCACCAGCCUCGCCAAGCCUGCUUGUGAGCGGCAUUUCGAUUGUCACAUCGUUUCUGGCUCGCAUCAGCAUGCGAAAGCUACUUGGCCUGAGCCAUUUGGAUGCCUACCAUACCAUGGAGGAUGCAAUGCAGGAUCCAUGGGACUCGCCCAGCAUUGCUGGCGCCACGUCCUCUCAAAGCUUAGAACAGUCUGCAACGUCCAUGCCAGCCCUGACCAUUGGAGGCAUUGAGUUUUCACGUGAGGAUGAUAUCGAGAAUAUGGAGAAGCUCUCCAAUCUCUUUGGACAAGUGUUUUACACCCAUGUGCUGUCACCCGGAGAUUCUGCUGCAGCACAGGCGUGGCAGGCCUUGUCCUCGGACAUCUGGACGCUUGUGCAGCAUGCAAUGCAGACCCCGGCCAUGGCCCUCUCCGUGGCAAUGUGCCUCUACAACUAUUACUGGUGGGAAGGUCCUCACAACAACGAGCCAAAUGCAGUUGCCGGCUAUCAUGCUGCAGAGCUGAUGUAUCUAGCUGUAAGGCAUGCCCGCUGUCACGAGCCACAUUUAAGCGCGCAGGAGUUUUACAUCCUACAAUGCCAUCUGCGCUGGCGUUACCUGCUGAUGCUUGCCGGGGAAACCGGCCGCUACCUGGCGUUGCAGUCUCGAAGUAUCCAACACGGCAGCCAAAUGCUGUCACGGGCGCGAUCCUGGUUCCGAGAGAUGCGUCAGCUGCCCAAUGUGGAACUCUUGCAUGGGCUUAGCACCCACGAGGUCAAUUUCAACAUGGAUUAUUACCCUGCAGCCACCAUGCGAUUCGGGCCUGUGUGGCAUGAUCCCUUGAAAGUUCUGCCAGUUGCAAGUGUUCUAGAGGCAAGCUAUCCCAUCAUACGGUCGGAGCUGGAGAGCAUACUGCGUCAGGGGUCGACAUUCGAGAACCUUGACCAGCACACCCGUAAUGCUGAAACACAGUUUGGCCCCAGAGGGGACGAUUGGCUGACGGCAUACCUGUUCAGAAAAGGCGAGCCCAUUCCAGAGGUCUGUGCUCAUGCACCCCGCACCUGCCAGAUCUUGCAGCAACGGCCCGAGAUUGCGAAUUGCAAAAUGGGAGGGUCGGGGGCAGGCUUUUUGCGAAUGAGACCUGGUGGCAGACUGAAACCGCACUUUGGCAACGCUCCCCGGAUGAGUGUGCACUUGGGUUUGAUCGUACCUGAAGGGGAAAUCUCGAUGUACGUCGGAUAUGAAGAGCUGAAGUGGGAGGAAGGGAAGGUCAUUGCAUUUGAUGACACCUUCAUCCACCAGGUCCUCCACAACGGUGUCGAGCCUAGAUAUGUAAUGAACCUCUGGAUGUGCCAUCCCUGCGACCCUUACGAUGGGAAGCUUCCCGGGGAGCAAGUGCCGGAGUACUGUCAUGGAGGCGACGGGUGGAAGCAUUCUGGGCAAACUCUUUGUUUACUGAAGGAUGGCGGCUCGGGCUCCUGGCCUUUGAGGGGAUCCAUCUUUGCUCUUGCAGGGCCUGGAAAACUGGCAAGGAUUGAUGAACGGGAUGCAAAGCCAGAGCCAGAGCGCGCCGUGCCCAGAGCGCUCGGCUCUUCGGAGCUCGUCCGUGGUGAUGAAUCUUCAGAAUCUACAGCCUCAAAGGCAGAAGACGUGCUGCAUGAAGUCAUCGCGAAGAAAUUUGGGGAGGGCUUUGAUCCAUCCCGAACAACUGAUGGCAGAAGCAAUGAAUGGCAGCCAGGGUUCGUCCAGAUUCGCCACUAUCGAGAUGCAGUUUAUCGGCUUUCCAAGGAGCCCCAAGGCAGACAGUCGGCCUGGAUCCAGCAAGUCUUGCGGGAUAUUGCAUCUCAGCAGGAAUUCCACAAGGAGCUCCUAGAACACGAAGCAACAUCAGACAGCUUUGCAGCGUUUACGGCAAAGAUGGACGUGCUUCUGACAAGCUAUCUAACAGCCGCCAAAGAUGAGGUGCAAGCGAGGGAGAGCAUGGAAAGCUUCUGCACUCAUGCGGCCUACAAGCAGCAUACGUAUCUGUAUGCCCAGGCAAUUCUGUGCCAACUGCGAGGCAAGUGCCCGCGCCAGCACCAAGCGCUGCUGGCUCUUAGCCAGGCAUUGACAUCUCGUGGUCUCCAGCGCUUUCCGUCUCACGUCUCUCGCUUCGACCUGAGCCUGACUGGGGACGACGAUGCCAAAGAUCUGGCCGGCCUUCUACUGUCAAUGUCCCGGCGAAGCGGCAAGGAGCUCGCCAUGGAGGCCGCGAAGGUGUGCCGGAUCCUCGAGCGCCUCUUUGGGUUCCAGGAUGCCCGGACGGUUCUAUCCCCGAGCCUUCAGGAGGACCGAUCGCCAAGUACCGAGGUGGCGUCGGACGCUUCGGAAUGGGGUGAGCAGGUUUGCCCUGACCCAGAGGGCCAACCCCAAGUCGCAGUUGGCCCGGAGGGCCCGGGCUCUCCAGCGGCUUCGUCUGUCCGCGACAACGCUACAGCUUGGAAUUCCUCGAUCCAGGCGCCCUCGUGGACAGCCCGCCGUGAAAGCGAGGGUGACCGGGAGGAAGACAAAAACAGUCAGAAAAUUGAUCCAACGAAAGGCAAGAGAUCGGUUCAGUGGCAAUUGCGCAGCCCACAGAUCUUCAACAAGCUGCUGGUGCAGUUUGUUGAUCCCGACAACGAAUUCCAUCCGGCUGAUAAGCGACCAUGCGCGAAGCUUUUGGCAAUAGUUUGCAAUGAUGGCCUUACCUCACAGGAUGAAGCUGUGCGCCAAUCCGCACUCGAGGCUGUGGACGAAGCCACAGCCGACCUGUGCGCUGUGUACGAAGUCACGCACGGCGACAAGGCAUUUGCUGUUCAGGUAAACAAUUUGAUCCGGCGAAUCCCGCAAUUCUCCGCUCUGGGUUGUGCUGCAAGCCUCUGUUGGCUGCGACACCACGGCAUCGGCCCACGCUUGGGAGGCCGGGAGCGGCUACGUCGCAUGUCUCAGCCAGUGGUGGCUCACCUGCUUCAAAAGGCGUGCCAGGCACACGACCGGCAGUUUACGAGGAUCCUGGAGAUCACGGAAUACAUACUGGAACAGCUCGAUUCUGGUUCGUUUGACACGGAGGAGGUGGUGUCAUCAGGUGAGGAGCACAAGACGCCAGGCCAUACAGGGCUUGCGGCCCAGCACGGGAUCGAAGCAAGAGAGAUCGAGGAAAGCAGAAGAAAAUGCUUUGGCUUUAUCCUGGAGCUUCUCGUGCACUUUGCCAGGGAGUCCUGCUGCAUUGCGCAGGUCACCAGUGUCUUGGCGCGAAGAGGCUCCAGUUGGAACUCCGCACAGAUGCAGAGCUUCUUGCAGGGUAUUUUCCGUGAGCAGCGCGAGUACACUCCGGCCUUUGGAGUUGCUGUUGUGCGGGUGCUUGGCUGCGAUCCUGUUGGCACAGCUUGCACGGCCACGGAGGAGCAGCGAAAGUUGGCCAUCGAAUUUUUGAAAAAGGUUGGGCUCUUGUGCAAGGAUGAUCCAGUGUGGAAGCCGGAAUUCGACAAGGCGACGGAGAAAGUGAAGCCUUUCCUCAAGAAGGCCAAGGAUGCCCCAGUGAUCCAGGAAGGCAAGAACAAGGACUCUGCCGGACCGAGCGCGAGCCAGAAGAGAGAAGGAGGGGCUUUGGAGGAACCCCAGGCCAAGAAGGUGAAGCCGUCGCCGCGGUCAUCAUCAAGGCAAUCGCCCAUACCAUCACCUGGACAGUCGCCCGUGCCUUCGCAGCCAGACACCAGCCAGGACGAUUGGGAACCCCAGAUUCAGGCUUUGCAGGGCCACUGGCUGCGGGACUUUGACAACAUGAAAGUACUAGUGAGAGGAUACAAGGCCAUCUUCGGAGAUGGGCUGCAGAUGCAGACGAUGAAGCUUCAAGCAAGGCCAGGGAACAAGGUGAAGCUGGCCGAAAAGUGGGCAGCUGUGCAGGGGCCCUGGGACCUGAAGACGCGUGCGGGAGGCCAGCAAGUUCUCUGA